AACCUUCGACAGUGAAAGUGAUUUUUCGUUCAAAUACUCGAGUGCCGACAUCCACAACGCCUUGUCGCGUUUUUUUUUUUUACAGUCCGGGCUCGUCGAUUUUGCUUGCAGCAAGAUCCAACAUGCAACUGACAUUGUCCUUGGCGCUAUCGAUGGCGACGUUUACGGUGUUCGCGUCGGCUCGACCGCAAGAGCUGUCGCUUAUUUUAAUGCCACCGAACCAUUUGGGUCCACCGAUACUGAACAAUGCCAUUAUCCCGCCGCACAACGCCAUGGGGGUGAAACCCACCAACCCCAUUGUGGUGGCAGCGCUACAACGUGAAUCUCUGUUGCCGGCACACAUGCAAAACGCGUUCUACAAAAAUCCACGCAUAGCCGAACACUUGGCCAAGAGCAGUUGGUUCGGGCCGGGAGAGGAACACGCCGUGAAUAGGGACACGGAGAAAAUCCCCAGGGAGCAGAUCUACCACAUACUCAAAAACGCCGGCCUGUUGCCAACGUAAAGAUAAUGGGCACACAUAACACAUUAUUCAUUGACCACUAUCAUAUUAUCUCAUGCCUACACGUCCAUAGAUACUAUGUUAUUGUUUUAUUUCCCCGUAUAAUCCGUAAACGCUGGCUUUUGUUUGGUUACCAUUUUUAUGUAAUUAUUCUCAUUAUUAAUAUUAAUUAAUUUAUUGGCGUACGCGCAUUUUUAUUGGUUCACAAAUUAUACAAUGUGUAUCGUCGUUUAUGCGUGCGAUUUAAUUACAUUGAAACCGUUUCGGUAAUAACAUUGUGUAUGACUUAUGUGUUUAAUAAUAUUAUAUUAUUAUUGUUUGUAAAUAAAUUGUUACCUAUCAAAAUAAUUGAUAACGGUAAUUGUUGUAAGAGAGUCAGUCGUCAGACGACUUGAUUAUAUUAUUAUAAUAUUUAAAAGUCCUUAUUCGCUUUAACAUCUUUACUGCAUUUAUACAUUUAAUAUAUUAAUAUCUACAGCAUAUUUAUUGAUUACACUCUUUGAGAGUCAGUCAAGUGAAUUACAAAUUAAAUCAAACCCAUUCAAAGCGUUUUUUUUUUCAAUAACGACUGCAAAUCUCUAAGAAGUAUAGUCUUAAGUCUGGUUCUAGGUAACUCCUUGCUAUGGGUCAAAUAACUAAAAUUAAAAUGCCGGUUAUAUUAUGUGAAAAAUAAUUACCUAUCUUUUUUUUUAAAAAAAAAAACGUGGUAGAACAUUAAAUCCAAGUAAAAAAAAAAAAAAAAAUGUUAAUUUCUAGCAUACAAAAAUAGUUGUCAAUAUCAUCACAUAUUAUUAUUACCUUAUUUUUAAUCAAUUCAAGUUUUGUAUAACGUACUAUAGAAACGGAUAU